GUUACAUAGUCUGGCCAUUUCUCCAUCCCCCGUCUCCCUUGGUGUUCUCAACAAUUGCGCGUACAACAAUUCAUCUGUAGCUGAUGUGAUUGCGACAGGGAAACUGUACGAUCUCUGUGUUCUUUUGGCUGAUCAUCUCCGAGACAUUGGGGCAAUGACAGGGUCUGCACGCAUACCAUGACAAAGGCUGUAUGUCUGGACUCGGAAGCAGCCACUAGUAGCUUUUAAGUAAAACUGGGGGAACACGAUGUCCGGGGAAGCUUAAAAUCAGUGGCUUACUACAAUCGACAUUAUUCGCCGAGUCAGCAAGAUGGUUGAGAGAAUCUGAAAAUAAUCGGGUUUAGGGGUGGCAAAGCCACAUGAUGACGCAGCCAUCGUUCCUUCGGGCCCAUUCUACUUUUGUUCUCAGGGUCAAUCGAUGAACUACCUGGCACUUCUAUGGCCCCUGUUAUUUAGGGGAUCUUACAGAUACUCUGUUCGAUGAGAAAUUCCUUUCUCAACGACCAGUGUUGUGGAGACAUAUUAUAUCUCUUUCACUGGCAUGAAAGCAUAUUUAUCCUGCCACCUUCACCCCGAACAAUGCGGUCGCUCAGGCAUUCAAUCCUCCUGCCUUCCAGACGCAAUUGAACUAGAAAAUGUAGAAGAAGGCAGUCGUAGAAGCUAUGUUGCGCAUCGCUCCACUGCGUUCUACACGCCGGUCUAUUCUCCGAGGUUCGUCUAUGGAUGCGUCCUGUCAGCAUCCAUUGGGGGACUUCUCUUCGGCUACGACACCGGAAUCAUUUCAAGUGCCCUUGUCGUAUUCCAUAAAGAUUUGGGCCAUGACCUCAGCAGGGAAGAGAAGCAACUCUUGACUAGUAUUACCAGCGGCGGUGCUUUUGUCGGAGCAUUGAUUGCGGCUCUCACCACGGAUGCGAUCGGACGAAAAAUGGUCCUAGGACUCGGGUGCAUCUGGUUCACCGUAGGCUCCGUCGUCGCAUCAUCCGCAUACUCAGUUGCCCUAAUGUCCAUCGCCCGAUUCAUCAUCGGGGUAGGCAUGGGCCUUGAAACCAUGGUAACACCACUCUACAUCUCUGAGCUCUCUCCUGCCUCCCGCCGCGGCCGCAUGAUCACCGUCUACUCGCUCGGAGUAACAGGCGGCCAAGCCCUCGCGUACGCAAUCGGCUCCAUGUUCAGCCUCGUCUCGCAAGGCUGGCGCUAUAUGUUCGCCUUCGGCGCCAUCCCAGCCCUAAUCCAAGUCGCGCUGUUCCCCAUCUACCCCGAAACGCCCCGCCACCUCAUCUAUCGGAACCAAACAGCAGACGCCAUAAUGGUGCUGCAGCAAAUCUACCCACAGGCACCCCCCUCCGACAUCCAGACCCUCGUCCAAACCAUCCAAGACGACGUCAAUCGCUCCAUCUCCUUCGACCAGGGCAUCCGGCGCGCAUGCUGGUCCUGGAAACAGCUGCAUACCGUCCCCUCGCAUCUCCGAUCGCUCAUCACAGCCUGCGGCCUCAUGGCGCUGCAGCAGCUCUCCGGCUUCAAUUCGCUGAUGUACUACUCCGCCACGCUCUUCAACAUAAUGGGCUUCUCGAAACCCAUCGAAGCGGGCCUGAUCGUCUCCGGGACGAACUUCCUCUUCACGGCCCUCUCACUGAAAUUCGUAGACCUGGGUCGUCGGCGCCUGCUGAUCGGCACCGUAUGGGGGUUACCGGUUGCGCUGGCGAUGGCGGCGGGCGCGUUCUCGAAGAUCCACAUCGACACGAAUCUAGAGCUCAUGGCCACGCCGCCGCUGUGGGCGAAGAUCCUUGCCAUCGUUUCGUUUGCGGUGUUCGUGGCUUUUUACGCGAUCGCGUUGGGCAAUGUGCCAUGGCUCGCUAAUGAGUUUCUGGCGCUGGAAGUCAGGGCCGUCGGGACGGCUAUGUUGACUAUGGUUUGUUGGGGCUCGAAUAUUCUGGUCUCGGCUACUUUUCUUUCUCUGGUGAGUGCGAUCUCGGCUUCCGGUACGUUUGGGCUCUAUGCUGGGGUUUGUUUCGUUGGGUGGGUGUUUAUUAUUUUCACGUAUCCGGAAACGGCGGGGUUAGGGCUGGAGAGUGUGCGACAGGUGUUUGAGCAUGGGUUUGGUGUUCGGUAUGCGAAUCAGCUGCAGGGGCUGCGGUGGAUAGAUGCAGAGAUGUGAGCUUGUCAUUUUUGUUUGUCGAUGUAUAUAAUUUUCAUGUUGCUGUAGAACUCUUUACGAAAGGCUUUAUUUGCUUUCUUUGAGAAACCUGGUGUUGCUAUAUCAGGGGCGUGUUCAACUCGUGAUAAGAAUCAUAUUGAUUGUUCGUGCCAAUAUAUGGUUAACAUUGAUGGAUGAAACUUCUCCAAGUAUCUAGCGUCCAGUCAUGAUAUGCACCAGUGCCAAAUU